UUAAAAACGAGGACAUUGAACCGACUCUUACUAAGGAAAACGUUAAAGGAACAAACAGUCAAUUGCCUACAACUCACGACAAUAACGAGAUCGAACUGAUCGAAUCUGGUUCUGCGAACACUGGCGUGGGGUCGAACCCCAGUGCGACAGAUAACGACAACGUCCGCCAAAACGGGAACGAGGUGUUCGUCAUGGACCCCAAACAGGUCGACCCCUCGGCCAGCUUCUUCGCCCAACCUGGCAUAUUGGCUGCCGUGAUAGGUGGAGCCGUAGUCGGUCUGUUAUGCGCGAUACUGGUAGUCAUGUUCAUAGUAUACAGAAUGCGUAAGAAAGACGAAGGCUCAUAUGCCUUAGAGGAGCCCAAACGCUCACCAGCCAGCAACACAUACGCUAAGAAUUCUAAUAACCGUGAGUUUUAUGCCUGAGAGGCUGUGCUAUCCGUUAUCGGGGAUUCUCAGUUGACAUCCACUAUCAAUACUUUUGUACCAGCCUAAUAUCUCAAUUAUGCACUUAUUGACAAAGAAUCUGUGAUCAGGAAUCAUGCACAGAACUACAUGAUAUUGUGCUUUGCAGUACUUAGCAAAGGACUUGAAGUUUGACAAUUGGGCACAAAUGUUUUUGUAUGCAUUUCAUAAUUGUUUAAUGAAACAGUAACUAUAUUAUAUGUCAUGAAAUAUUAUUUAGCGACUGGUAGAUUUGAUAUCGUGUCAGAAUCACUCAAGUCUUUGAAUAAGUAAAAAUGCUGCUAGCAAAUGCUGUUUACUGAUAUAAGUUUUAUUUGAACUAUUAUUUAUUUGUUGUUAAAUUCAACUCUAUAUAAUAUUCUGUAUAGGUUAAGAGUCCUAGUGGCUUAUUAAUAUAAGAUGGUACCUAUGGUUAAAAUGAUAUUUUGAAUUUAGAACAGAACAAAAAUAAUUACAAAGCAUUUUGAGUAAUAAUUGUACAUUAUUUGCGUAAC